AUGGCAGCGAGCAAUUUACCUCCUAAUCAAGAUCCAGCAAGCAUCUACUAUAUUCAUCCUUCAGAUGCUAAUGCAAUUCAACUUGUUUCUUACAAGUUUAAUGGUGAAGGUUUUUCCAGCUGGAAGAGAUCUAUGCUAUUAACUCUCUCAGCUAAGAACAAGCUAGGUUUCGUCAAUGGAACCAUUUCUAAGCCUACUGCAGGAACAAUUGAAGGAAAGGCUUGGGAGAGAUGCAAUGAUUUAGUGUGUUCUUUGAUUUUAUACAAUCUGGAUGAAUCUAUUGCUAAGAGUGUGAUGUUUCUGAAGUCUGCUGAAGAAAUUUGGACUGAUCUUGAUGAAAGGUUUGGCUAUGCUUCUAUGGCUCAGAUCUAUUCUCUUGAACAAAAACUGGUUGAUAUUAGUCAAGGUGAUAAGUCAGUUUCAGAAUUCUUCACUGAUAUCAAAUCAGUUUGGGAUGAAAUUGAAGAAGCUCAUCCUCUACCUUAUUGCACCUGUAAUAACUGCACAUGCAAUCUCACUAAGAAGAUCUUUCAGCGCCAGCAAGAGAAAAUGGUUCUACAGUUCAUGAUGAAGCUCAAUGAUCAGUUUGCUACUAUCAGAGAAGAAAGACACAGAGAAAUUUCACAAGCUACUGAACACUCUGAAUCAUCAGCCUGUGCUGCAGAAAAAAGGAAGUUCAAUUCAGAUUUUGGGAGAAACAAGUCUUACAAACCUCAUAAUCAAGGUUUUCAGAACAUGUUCAACAUUACUUCUUCAGGAAAUGCUGGUGCAAAUAGUUCUAUUACUGGAGCUUCUUACAGAAGAAAUGGUUCAAAGGCUGGUGCUAAUUACUUCUGCACACAUUUCCAAAUUCCAGGGCAUAGUGUAGACAGAUGCUUUGAACUUAAAGGAUAUCCUCCAGGUUUCAAAGGAAAUCGUGUUGCUGCUGUCUCAGAAUUCUCAGGCAAGAAUGAUAGCAGUACUACUGCACCUGUUUCAAUGGAACAAUACCAGCAGUUCAUGGAGUUUCUAGCAAAGCAAAAUCAGGAAACUCAGGACAAUCCAUUGUGA